CUUUCAUUCUCCAGACAUCAAUCACUGGAAGACUGAACAGUGAUGAAUUUCUACGUCUAUGGAGAAAAGUUACCAUGUACAAGGAUAUCUUCUUCCGUUCAGAUGUGGACCGUUCUGGAAUGUUGUCAUCGAGUCAACUGAGGAACGCAAUCAUGGCUUCAGGGAUCAGGCUGAGUGAUAGCCUGCUGAACCUGAUUGCUCUGCGCUACGGUGGAUCUUCUGGAAACAUCAGCCUGGAGAGUUUCAUCAGCCUCGUCCUGCGCAUGGACCGCAUGGCCAAAAUAUUCAGAGAACUCAAUAAUGGAGGGGCCAUAUCUCUUCGAGACAAUGAGGUAAUGACCAGUUAA